AUGAGAGAUUCAGUCGAAGUGCUACUCGAUGUUGGCAAAGCUCACGUCGAUGAAAGAGACUACAAUGGGUGUACAGCUCUCAUGCUCGCAGCAAAAAGUGUGAACAUUGAGAUAGUGGAAAUUCUGGUUCGCAUCGGCAAAGCUAGUGUGGAUAUACAAGACCGUAACGGAGAUACAGCUCUCAUGUUCGCGACAAAGGCGAAGAGCGUGGAAAUGGUGAACUUUCUGCUCAACAUCGGCAAAGCUAAUGUGAACGCGAAAAGUUAUGGGGGACGUACAGCUCUCAUGUGCGCAUUGGAACAGGAGAAUAUGGAGGUGGCGAAGUUUCUGCUUAGCAUCGGCAACGCUGACGUAAAUAAGAGAGAUAACGAGAGGCGUACAGCUUUAACAGAAGCGGUAAUAAAAGAGCACGAGGAGAUAGUCAAGCUGCUGCUUGAUACUGGGAAGGUUGACGUCCAAGCGGAGGACCAGUUUGAGAGAGCAUUGGAACAUGCGAAAUCAUGCGGGCUGACGACUAUAGUCAACUUGUUACAGGCGUAUAGUGCAUCUGCUCAGUAG